AGGCGCAUGAGAAUUCCAUCCUGAGACUACAAAAGGCAGAGCGAGCCCCGAUUUCGCUGUUGAAUCCUUUACUACAGAGGUCCAGAAAGUCUUACUGCGUUUUAUCCUAUUUUACAAAGCUUCAGGAAAAGCUUACGAUGUCUUCCGAGUCUAUUACAGAUUAUGGUUACGAGGCCUGCAAAGCCACGGCUGAUUGGCUGAUUGGACAGGCUUCGGUCCGCCCCCUGGUGGGAAUCGUUUGCGGCUCAGGCCUUGGAGGCCUUGCUGACAUGCUGAAGGACCAGAAGGUUUUUAAUUACAGCGAAAUCCCCAACUUUCCAAAAAGCACAGUGCAUGGUCAUGCUGGUCGCUUAGUGUUCGGUACUCUUAAAGGAAAGCCAUGUGUUUGCAUGCAGGGACGGUCCCACCUUUAUGAAGGAUAUGCCGUCCAGAAGGUCACCAUGCCCAUGCGCAUCUUUAAGCUGUUGGGUGUAGAGAUGGUCAUUUUGACGAAUGCUGCAGGCGGAUUGAACCAAGACUUCAAAGUUGGAGACAUCAUGAUAAUUAAAGACCAUAUCAACAUGCCAGGUUUCGCUGGAAAAAAUCCCUUGUUCGGACCAAACGAUGAAAGGUUUGGAACUCGUUUCCCGUGCAUGUCGGAUGCCUAUGACAAGCAGAUGGGACAGCUGGCUCGGGAAGUGGGUGUUGAACUUGGCUUCUCUGACUUCAUUAAGGAGGGUGUGUAUUGUGUGGUCGGAGGGCCAUCGUUCGAGACCAUCGCUGAAUGCAGAAUGCUUAACCUCGUGGGUGCCGAUGCUGUGGGAAUGAGCACAGUACAUGAGGUGAUAGUGGCCCGCCACUCUGGAAUGCGAGUCUUCGCCCUCUCGCUUAUAACCAACAAGGCUGUAAUGGAUUAUGACAGCGAAUCGAAGGCCAACCACGAGGAGGUCCUGCAGACAGGACAGCUGCGCUCACAGCAGCUUGUGAAUCUGGUCUCCACCAUCGUGUCUCGCAUGACACAGCCAAAUGAUGUGUAACCCUGAGGUGUAUCAUCAAAUCAUUUUAAAGCAAUUUUUUUUAACUUUCUUAUACUGUACUUUUAAAUGUUUACAUUCCUAACAGAAAGAAUUUUAGAGACCUUCAUUGUCUUAAACGGUGAUGCACAUUGUAUCAGAAUAGGGUGCGCAUUGACAAAUAAUAUAGAAGUGCUGUUGAAACAGAAUACCUUCUAUUUAUUAAAACAUUAGUAUUGUAUUCCAAAUCUAUCUUAAUCUGGGUGGGGAUAAAGUGUGAAAAGUUUUACCUUAUUUAUUUAUUUAUUACAAAUACUGAAGUCUUGCUAUUAGAUGUCAAUGCUUGCUUGUUAAAUCAUAUGUAAAAAUACUCAUUAAUUUAAGAUUAUUUACAAAAACAGGCAAUGUAAUGUGAUCAGACAUUUUGUGAAUCUAAAAGUAAAAUAAAUGGCUUUAAAUUCA